ACCCUUCUUUGCCAUGUCUGUCAAAACCCUACUCCUUGGCUUGCAUCUGGUCGCAAUCUCGGUUCCGCCGUCACUGUUUGCGAUUCCUGCGUUGAGAACAGGAAUGAUGAGCCUGAAGUGACGGCGGAAGAGUCAUCGGAGGGAGAGUAUGGUGAAGAAGAGGAAGACGAAGAUUAUGAUGAUGAGGCGGUGGAAGAGGAGGUUGAAGAUGCUGAAAAUCAGGUGGUUCGGUGGUCAGCCGAAUCUUCUUCUUUAUCGAUGUCGAAACCCCGUGGCUAGCUUGGAGUGUAGCGGUGAAGAUGGCGGUGGUUUUGUGUUGAAGAGGAUGAGAGAAAAUCAAAGUUUUUGCUCUGAUGAUGAGAUUGGGUGCUCCUCAUCUCUUGCAGGCUCGGGAGGUUGGUCCAAUGGAGAAGCAUCAUCGAUAGGAUCAUCAAGAUUAUUGAAACAACCAAGAUUAGCUGAAGUUAAUGAACCAGCUAGAAAUGAAGAAGAUGGUUCCAGGUCAACGGCUGUCGUCUGCUAUUUAAAAAGACUUCAAAAGAACAUCAUCACCAAUGAUGAUGAUGCAUCCGCCACAGUCACUGGAACCUGCAGGUUGAGCAGAGAUCAGAGCCGUUAGAUUUCUUUCGCACACUAACGCUUAUUCAA